AUAACUUCCAUGGGAGCUUCUCUCUUCACCUUGGUGGUUAGUCAUUGGAUAUUGCAGAAUGAGUCGACAUCGUGAGAAUGAAAGCAGAAUAUUCGUCGCAAACAGCCCGAAAGGAGCAGAUAGCCCAGGCACCCCAAGGCUACCGCCAUUGUCUAAUCCUGGCGACGACACGAUAGCAAGGAGUAGAAAGCAGGAAUCACCACGAAGCACACAAACCUCAGACCAGGACUCUCCAAUCUACAUCUCCCCAAAGAAAGCGCGGCGACGACAACGCCAGUCAUUAUCUGCAAUCAGUAAUACGUCUAUAAUAGCCAAUGACGACGCUGAGAUAUCGUCCAGAGUUGCAAAUAGGCUCAAUCGAGAGAAGCUCGCAUGGGAAACCAUAAAUUCUGAGAUUUUAGAAUGGCAAACUGUCUGCCGAACUGGUCGGCCAAGCUGGUGGUCUCCGGCAUCAAGAUGGACACGCCAACGAAGGGCUCGAUCGGGAACGAGUAGAGAUGUGGCUGACAUGGGGACAGCUGAUUUUGGUGAUAACUGGUCUACCCCAACCCAACUCUUUGAACAGCAAAAACACAUAAAAAGCACUUCAAACACCCAAGAACAGGCGUUUAUUACAGCGGUCCAGCUUUUGAGCGUCAGCUUUACGUUACCAGUAGAGCAAUUCGAGAAUUAUAAUAACUCAACAAACUUGUACUUCGCCACAGCUUCCGAUGGCGUGCCAGACGCUCGGCUUAUCAGCUCCCUCCGGAUGCACACAGACUAUCGAUGGUCCCCAGCCUUCGGUCAUGAAGCAAGAAGCACCUCGCCUGAAUAUCUCCACAAAGCAACACACGGUGGAGAACAGUCUCUGGCAGGCCUUGGAGAUGCGCCAGUAUCUCUUAAUCUAAGCUACUCAAGAAGAAGCCGAAGAUCGAAGAGAAAGAGAAAACGACACCAGAUACGAUAUGUCACGCCUGCUGAUAGGUCAGGGCAAGAGCACGUCGAGAAGCUCGAUAGUCACAGGUCCACCCAGGCUCUGGAACGCUCUGCUUUAGAUUCAGUGGAAGGGAUAUUCAGCGACUCUACACGGCAGACGAAGUCUCGCCUCCUGCCAGGGCGCAAAGCUCGUAGCUGCCCUGUGAGCCCUACGCUGAAUACUGAGUCAGUAGGUUCUCGAGCAACUCGACUACAUCACCUUCCUACCCAAAUCGAGAGACAUGAACCCCCUAUGGGGACUCCACAAGCCCGUUGGCAGCUGGAGUCUAGUCGUUAUACCUUGGAGCCUGCAAUUCGAUCAGAACCGCACCCUGUAUUCAUUCAGCCUAUCAAAGAACUGGUUGUGAAGAGCUGGCAAACUUUCCGCAAGAAGCUUGAUAAUACUCUUAGCCGUGGUCGUCCCAAUCCAGGAGGCACUUCUGCACCAUUCAAGAAUGAACAAAUGUCCUUGUCAUGGCCAGCUUUGGUUGGCCCAUCAGCAAGUUCCUGGGCAGUCCAACGGCGACGAAAUGCUAGAGAGAGGCAUGAUAUAUACAGCAGCAGCGUGGAAAGCAGCCCAAGGUAUAAUUCACUGACAUCUGGAACAACAAGCGACGCUUCAAGCCCAGUACGUACGGACUCGGCGGCCACGAUUCCCCUAUCCAGGGGGUCUUCCUCCCUGGCAGAAGUGGUUAAUACUACCAAGGCGAAAGACCCUCCCGCGAGCUCAAACCACUCGCUGCCGUCUUUCAUCUCGAAUAGCACCUCCGAUGCUGACUCUGAAAGCUCUAACCCUCGACCCAUCCCUCGAAGCCCUGCUGGAUUCUUUAUAGGCAAGUCAGGAGGGAGCGGUCCAAACCAUACUAUGCCUUCGUUUGUUCCCCUUCGUGGAAGUAAGCGUCGAGGUAGGCGGCCAAGCAUGUUGUCUGAAGUAGCUACGCCUUAUGGGGAUAUAGCCCUGACUGAAGCGGAACAGCUUAUGAUGGAGGGCGGUGGAAACGAGGUGAUAUUAGGCGUUGGAGACCUGAAAUCCGGCUCAAGUGGAGAGUUUCCGGCUGAGAGGAUGUACGAGGUUGGCCCUGAGUCUCAUAGACUUGAAAAGUGCCGUUCAUUAGACGCGUUGACGAGGAGGGAUUUGUUCUCCACUGAUGAUUCUCAGAAUAUGCCUGGCCGUGCAGAAGGGCAUGAAGUGGAUAUGGGCAAGAGCAGGUUACAGAGGAUUAGUUCGGCUGGGACAACUGUUAUUACCCCAAGUGACGACAGUGUAGAAGUUGGGAGAUCGCCGGCUGGACCACCCUUCAGAAUAUGGGAUGAAGGGGACCGGAAAGGAAAAAGGAGGGCCAGGAGCUUUCUCUGACAAGGG